AUGCCUACCAGUUCAGUGUCUAAUGUUGAAAUACCUACCAACAACACUGACAACGCAUCUUCUUGUCCGCGUCCGGCAAUUACUCUGUCUGCUGGCUCCUCAGGCCUGGGUGUUCACUCCACGGCCAUAGUUGAGGUGUCAAACAAUGGCAACAUUGUCAAACUGCGCGCUCUUCUUGACAACGGCGCGCAGUCUUCUUUUAUAACGGAGGCGGCACGAGCUAAGUUAGGAUGCCCUAUAAUUAAAGAACACGAAUGCGUGUACGGUCUUAAAAAUGCAUCAGUAAAUAUUGUCGAACAUUGCAACAUAAAAAUUAGGUCUACGUAUACCUCAUACACUACGAAUGUCAAAUGUUAUAUUUUGCCAGUCGUAACCGGGAUUGUUCCUCAAAACAAGAUACGAGUUGAGGAAUUAGACAUCCCUGGUCACAUCCAAUUAGCUGAUCCUGACUUCCAUCUCCCUGGAGAUGUCGAUAUACUUCUAGGUUUAGAUAUCUUCUGGGACGUUCUGGGCACUUCUCAAAUAAAGCUCGGACCAAAUAAACCAGUCCUCCAUGAAACUGAGUUUGGAUGGAUCCUUGGUGGCCGCAAUAGCUGGAAAAUUACAAAGCGUCCUAGUAAGUCUUAUUGCUAUUUCAGUCAGGACAUACAACAACAACUUACAAAGUUUUGGGAACUAGAAGAAGUUCCUAAAGACAAGCCCACUUCAAAUAGCGACCAAUACUGCGAAGCUCUUUUUCAAGAAACUACGCAGCGUGACGAAGAUGGCAGAUUUUGUGUACAAAUACCUCUUCGUGAUUCACCAGAUCUCUUAGGCGACUCUUUUAAAAUAGCCGAAAGGCGACUUCAUCAAAUGGAACGUAAAAUGAAACAAAAACCUGAAUUGAAACAAGAGUAUACUAAAUUUAUGCAAGAGUAUGAGCGCCUAGGACACAUGAGUGAAAUUCGUCAACAAUUCUGGGAGAGAUGGCGCACCGAAUACUUGAACGAGCUGCAACAACGAUCGAAGUGGCGCAUCACUCAAGGAAAACUCGCUGAAGGCGAUAUGGUGGUACUCAAGGAGGCCAACUUACCACCACUCAAAUGGCGCAUGGGCCGCAUCCAUCGACUGUAUCCAGGAGCCGACGGCAUCGCACGCGUCGCCGAUGUGAACACGUCCAAGGGCCUCAUUCGCCGCGCUGUUACAAAUCUAUGCCCCCUACCUAACGAUGAGUGCGAAGAAGCUACUCGAAAACCCACAGUUUCCGAGGGGGGGAAGAUGUCUACACUCACCCUUACCUGCUAA